GAGACGCGACCAGGACGCGGGGAGGACGGACCAGCAGGACAGACCGACCGGGGGCCCGGCGGGCGGAGGGCAGCACAGCGCAGCCACGUCCCCCCUGGAUCCGCCGGCAGCCGGGCCCGGGGCUUCCGACAUGCCCCCCAGGAGAGUGUGCUGGGCAGACGAUGCUGGACACGAUGGAGGCGCCCGGCCACUCGAGGCAGCUGUUGCUGCAGCUCAACAACCAGCGCACCAAGGGCUUCUUGUGCGACGUGAUCAUCGUGGUGCAGAACGCCCUCUUCCGCGCGCACAAGAACGUGCUGGCGGCCAGCAGCGCCUACCUCAAGUCCCUGGUGGUGCAUGACAACCUGCUAAACCUGGACCAUGACAUGGUGAGCCCGGCAGUAUUUCGCCUGGUUCUGGACUUCAUUUACACCGGUCGCCUGGCUGACGGUGCAGAGGCUGCGGCGGCAGCGGCCGUGGCCCCGGGGGCCGAGCCGAGCCUGGGCGCUGUGCUGGCUGCCGCCAGCUACCUGCAAAUCCCUGACCUCGUGGCGCUGUGUAAGAAGCGCCUCAAGCGCCACGGCAAGUACUGCCACCUGCGGGGAGGCGGCAGUGGCGGCGGCGGCUAUGCGCCCUACGGGAGGCCGGGCCGAGGCCUGAGGGCGGCCACGCCGGUCAUCCAAGCCUGCUACUCGUCCCCGGCAGGGCCUCCGCCGCCGCCUUCCUCUGAGCCGCCGUCGGGCCCCGAGGCAGCGGUCAACACUCACUGCGCGGAGCUGUACGCUUCGGGCCCGGGCCCAGCCACCGCACUCUGUAUCCCAGAGCGCCGCUGUUCCCCGCUCUGCGGCCUGGAUCUGUCCAAGAAGAGCCCACCGGGCUCUGCGGCUUCUGAGCGGCCACUGAGUGAACGUGAGCUGCCCCCGCGUCCGGACAGCCCUCCCAGCGCCGGCCCCGCCACCUACAAGGAGCCACCACUCACCCUGCCGCCGCUGCCGCCGCUGCCGCCGCUGCCCUUCCAGAAGCUGGAAGAGGCCAUACCGCCUCCGGACCCGUUCCGUGGGAGCGGUGGCAGCCCCGGACCCGAGCACCCCGGCCGCCCCGACGGGCCCAGCCUCCUCUACCGCUGGAUGAAGCACGAGCCGGGCCUGGGUAGCUACGGCGACGAGCUGGGCAGGGAGCGCGGUUCUCCAGGCGAACGCUGCGAGGAGCGCGGCGGGGACGUGGCAGCCUCGCCCGGGGGCCCCCCGCUCGGCCUGGUGCCGCCGCCGCGCUACCCGGGCAGCCUGGACGGGCCCGGCGCGGGAGGUGACGGCGACGACUACAAGAGCAGCAGCGAGGAGACUGGCAGCAGCGAGGAUCCCAGCCCACCUGGAGGCCACCUCGAAGGCUACCCAUGCCCGCACCUGGCUUACGGAGAGCCAGAAAGCUUUGGUGACAACCUGUACGUGUGCAUCCCGUGCGGCAAGGGCUUCCCCAGCUCGGAGCAGCUGAAUGCGCACGUGGAAGCUCACGUGGAGGAGGAGGAGGCGCUGUAUGGCCGGGCUGAGGCGGCUGAGGUGGCUGCUGGGGCAGCCGGCUUAGGGUCCCCUUUUGGCGGCGGUGGGGACAAGGUCGCUGGGGCUCCAGGUGGCCUGGGAGAGCUGCUGCGGCCGUACAGAUGCGCGUCCUGCGACAAGAGCUACAAGGAUCCAGCCACGUUGCGGCAGCACGAGAAGACGCACUGGCUGACCCGGCCCUAUCCAUGCACCAUCUGUGGGAAGAAGUUCACCCAGCGGGGGACCAUGACGCGCCACAUGCGCAGCCACCUGGGCCUCAAGCCCUUUGCAUGCGACGCGUGCGGCAUGCGCUUCACACGCCAGUACCGCCUCACAGAGCACAUGCGCAUCCACUCCGGCGAGAAGCCCUAUGAGUGUCAGGUGUGCGGUGGCAAGUUCGCACAGCAACGCAACCUCAUCAGUCAUAUGAAGAUGCACGCUGUUGGUGGAGCGGCCGGCGCUGCCGGCGCGCUUGCAGGCCUAGGGGGGAUACCGGGCGUCCCUGGCCCCGACGGCAAAGGCAAACUCGACUUCCCAGAAGGCGUCUUUGCUGUGGCUCGCCUCACGGCUGAGCAGCUGAGCUUGAAGCAGCAGGACAAGGCAGCUGCGGCCGAGCUGCUGGCGCAGACCACGCACUUCCUGCACGACCCCAAGGUGGCGCUCGAGAGCCUCUACCCGCUGGCCAAAUUCACCGCGGAGCUGGGCCUUAGUCCCGACAAGGCGGCGGAGGUGCUGAGCCAGGGCGCUCACCUGGCUGCUGGACCCGACGGCAGGACCAUCGACCGUUUCUCCCCGACCUAGCGCGCCCCUUGCUGGCCCGCCUUCGCCUUGCCGUUGCUUCACGGCCCGGCCCAUACCCCUGAGGAGAAGCGCGGCACACCGUGCCUGGGACGACUAGUAGCAGCGGCGUCGUCGCCUCAGUGGCGGCCCCACCUCUUUGCGGCCUCACCUGGCCUCACUGCUUUGUGC